CCGGCCCGAUUUACAUGAUGUGGUGGACGUUUCGCAAAAAAACCCUUCACGAAUUUCCGACACAGUUAGAAACCCUCCCACCGCAUAUCUCGUUACCUUAUCUUUCUAGAUCCUCCGCCCCCCGCUCCGCUGCCGCCCGCCGGUCGGUCGCCCCAGCUGCCCCGCCGCCCCACUGCCCCACCGCCCCCUCCCCGCCGCCCAUGCCGCCUUCUUGCUUACCCCCGCCGCUCUGCCAUUGGUCUUGGCGCUGUGAGAGAGCCAGCAGCUGUCGGUGUUGGCGCCGCUGCUCGCGGCCGUGAGGAGGUUGGUGGUGGCGUGCCGGAUGGAGCAGGAGACGAACCGCUUCGGCGGUGGCGGGUGGGGGAAGACGAUGAGGAUGCGGCCGCCGCGACCAGUCUGGGGGAGAUGGAGAUCAAGCACCCCCGUCGACCGCUUCCAUGGCUUCCUCGGCCUCCCCGUCGAGUUCGAGGUGGAGAUGCCUCCCCACGUCCUCAGUGCCAGGUACCUUUCCUUCCACCCACCCAUGAGAGAUCUCUGAUGCAAAAGCUUCGAUUGUUCAAGAGGAAUUUCAGUUUUUUUAGCUUCUGCAAAUUAUAUAUAUUCCCCUUCCUAACUUCAGAUCAACUCAUGACAUGCUAGAAGAGUUGAUUGCAGUUACUGAAAUGCCCAGGAGCAAGUUACUGACCACAUCAGCUUGAGGUUUACUGAUAUAGAGGCCUGGGAAGAAGUGGAGCCUGGCCUGGGCCUAAAAAACUCAAAAAAGUUGCCUGGCCAGGCUAGCAUGAUGCCAGGCGACUGAUUUCGAGCACCUGGUCCAGGCUAGCAAAAAUUGCCAGGUGACACGCGGCCCUGCCCGGCUCUAUGCUAAAGGCCACGUUUGAGGACAACAUGAAGGACGAAGCGAUCGCGAGGAAUCACAGCACAACAAAGGAGGCCAUAGCAGUCGGCACAUCGGGCGGAGCGUACCGCAUAAUCCUGACCCACUUUACCAAUCCCGGAACAAAUCCAUGUUUAGCAAUCCCACUCAAGGAUGUAUGCAGUACAUUCCUGAUCAGAGAUACAUUCGUACCUUGCAUCCGAGGGAGGAGAAGCAGCAGAAGGUGUCGAGGAGUCUGCGUUUGCAGACCUUGCAGGUGUUUGUGACGCCCUUGCUAGGCCUUGGCUGCUGCCGCUCGUUCAGGAACACCACGGAUGUACGUCUGGAUGGUGUGGUGGUCGGCGAGGCAGAGCAGCCAGCGAGGGAGCUGCUUGAUGCGGGGGACGGCUGGUGGAGGAGCUUGCCGAGGACGGUAGGCGGGGGAGCACGCCUCUGCUCCCUGGAGGCCCCACCUCCUCUGCUGCUGGAGCUGUCGCGGACGGCCGGAGGGGAUGUGGGCUCACCAUCGACAGAGGACCUUGCCGGGGACGGACGGCGGGGGAGCUUGCCGGCGGGGGAGCAUGCCUAUGCUCCUGGGAAGCCCCGCCUCCUAUGCUCCUGGAGCGGUCGCGGACGGCCGGAGGGUGUGCGGGCUCACUAGCGGGGGUCGCGGACGGCCGGCGGGUGUGCGGCCGGCGGGGGUCGCGGACGGCCGGCGGGGACGGAGCUCCGGCGCGGUACGUGGACGUGGAGUCGGGAGAUGGAUUUGAUUUGAGGACCACUGUUGAGAAGAAGUGAAACUGUAGGGGGGGUUUCAGAAAAUUACAAUUGUGCAUGGGCCGAGUCAGGUAAAUCGGGCGGUCGGGCCGGAGGGAGUAUGUUAAUUCUUAAUACAAGAUUGCAUGAAGUUUUUUCCUUUCUUGUGGAGUAUAAGAGAGAUGUCUUGCAUCAUAUCUAUGUUAGGACGUGAUGCCCAUAUGAAUGCUUAUCUUACUCGUGUUAUUAUUUUGCA